ACUGUUCCAGCAGAAAGCAAUACAAGUGUAGUAAAACAAUAUAAAAUUCAACCAAAAUAAUACAGGUGUAGUAAUUCAAACGUGGACCAAUAAGAGUGAUGUUUGCACUUAAUGCAGAAAACAAACCGUCUAAUGAAAACUGUCACUCUUUGCAGCAAAGAAAGUUAGAAAAUCAGCAACUGAUAUCGUCAACAAUAAACAUAAAACUUACAUUGAUAUAUAUAUAUGACCAAAUAAAAAAAUAUAGACCUCCUUUACGUAAGUGGUAACGAAAGCUGGCUAUUGAACUCAUGUUUGGAAAAUGCCCACAUUUUGCAUCAAGAAAUUGCAAAUACGAAGAUAUUAAUAACGAAAUUUAAAAAAUUUAUUUAGUUACAAGAAUUAAAAUUCGAUUCACAUAAGCACAGGUCAAUUCUAGUUGCUAGUCAUGUAAUUUGGAUUACCUAAGCAUUGAAGUGAUCCGAGAAGCAAAAGCUGAUGCAUUUCGCGUUUAAAAAUAAACUUACCAUGACAAUCAACCAUUGGUUCUUGUGUCUGUUAUGGAAAUUUUGUCGUGCAUAGGGUGACGAUUAUCAUGGCAGUCAAUGUAUUAAAUAAAAACUUUUCGUAGUUCAUUCGGAAUGGAACGCACAGUUUCGGUGAUUCUACCUACCGGCGAAGUCGAGAUAAUUCAAAGAGAAAAUGUGGAUGACACAACCUGGAAUAAACCAAUAUUUCCAAAAUUGGCAGUUUCUUUGGAUAGUGCAAGAUGUUCUCUAGAAGCAAUGAGGAAAAAACUUGGAAGACGCGGACCCAAAAAUUCGAAAAAUCAAAUGACGAGUGAACUGGAAGUUAAGUCAGCAAACGAUAUUCACAACAAACCAUCUAUACGCAAAACUAUACUAAAAAAUAGUUCAGCUUCCUCGGCAAAAAUACCUUUACACGACAGUACCCAAUUGGAAGUUCUGCAUCAUAAAUCUUCCAAUCCCUAUGAUGUUUCCACGGUUUUUAUGAUCCAACAGUGACAUACUCAAGGAUUGUAUAUUGGUAUUUUUCCAAUUUAUGCAAAGUCUACAGACACAUCUUUCAACAGGAA